AUGUCGACGUGCUCCGGCUUCACAGGGAGCAAGCCCGGCUCGGGCUUCGGCCGGACCAGGCGCGGAGAGCGCCUCGCCGGUGCCGUCGCUGGUGGUGAGGGCUCGUUGAUGGCGAGGGUGCCGCUGCGAGCGCGACGUCCGAGCGGUGUAACCCUCCGGCUCGGGCCUGGCGGGGCGGAGGGCCGACGAGCCAGAGCCCGACGACGAGGAAGACCCCGGCUCCAUUCGCCGCAGCAUCCAGGAACUGCCGCGACGGCGAGAGAAGGACGACCGCGUCGGGUACUCCAGCCGCGGCACGUUGCCGGUCUCGAUGUGGUCGAGGACGGCGUCGAGGGUGCGGCUGGGGAUGCCCCACCACUCGCGCCGUCCUUCGGUGUUGAGGCGGCCGCGGGGAAUGGUGCCGUUGACGGAGGCGAUCUGCUCCUCGCGGCGGCACUGGAAUUACAGCAUCCACAGCGUUUCGCUGUCGGGCGCGUAUCUCGGCUGGUUCCGCUGCUCCUCCGUCAGGGAGGAGCGGACACGGGCGACCUCCGCCCGCCGUGCCGCCCCUUCGGGUACCGGCAACACCGGGACGCCGCCGGCGCUCAGUCUCCACGCCCCCGACACGCGCAUGUCAGGGGGCUUCGAGUACUCGGCCUCGCAGAGAAGGCGCGACUCCGGCUCUUGGAGGUGUCGGUGGCCGAAGCCGUUCACCGCUGCGCCGUCGCCUGGGAACCUCUCGGCCAUGCUUUGCUCGUCCGCGGGAGGCGAGUGGGGUGGGAGGCUGUGCUGCGUGUCCUUCUCCGCCUUCUACAACGAGUCGGUGAUCCCCUGCAGCACCUGCGCGUGCGGCUGCCCCGCCCCGGCGGCGCCUACGACGACCUGCAGCACGACGGCGCCGGCGCUGCUCCUGCCGCCGCACGCGCUGCUGAUGCCGUUCGAGUGGCGGGCCAAGGAGACGCUCAAGUGGUAUCACGACGAGGAGCUGGGCGCGCCGCCGAACCCGAUGCCAUGCGGCGACAACUGCGGGGUGAGCGUGAACUGGCACGUGGCUACGGACGCGACCGGCGGGUGGAGCGCGCGGGUGACGCUGUUCAACUGGGAGGAGGGCGCGGACAUGCGGGACUGGUUCGCCACCGUCGUCAUGGGCGACAAGGUGUACGGCGGGUUCGAGCAGGCCUACUCCUUCAACGCCACCGCCGUCGGGGACGGCGCCAUCUUCAUGCGGGGCAGGGAAGGCUUCGAGCUCCUGCUCAGGGAGAGCAACGUGAGCGGCGUGGACUACCCCGUGCCCGGGAAGCAGCAGUCCGUGCUCUCCUUCACCAAAAAGAAUGGCCCCGGCGACGUCGACGUGGUUGGCGGCGACGGGUUCCCGACCAAGGUCUUCUUCAACGGCGAGGAGUGCGCCAUGCCGCAGAUGAUUCCGAGCCAGGGGGCUGGCAUUCACGCGAGCCGUCGUGGUCUUCUCCUGAUCUUGCUACUCUUCUUCUUCUUCUUCUUCUAGAAUUUUGGAGCCUGCAUUUCACCUGA